AUGGCGUCGCAGUUGUAUCUCGGCGUCAAUGAUGUUCCCUCGAUCAAAGAGGUCGUCUGCUUUGGAUUUCAGCAAGCCAUGCUUUGCAUGUCCGGACUUCUCGUUUAUCCAUUCUUGAUCUCAACGGCAGUAUGUGCUGGUGCAGCUCAACUCCAGCUCAGGGUUCAACUGAUCUCCGCAACAUUCGUUUCAUGUGGUAUUGCUACUAUUCUUCAAACUACUUUCGGUUUGAGGCUCUCUGUGCUCCAUGGUCCCGCCAUGGCAUUUCUUCCACCACUUCUUGCGUACAAACAGCAGAAUGUGUGUAGAUAUGGGGAGAACGACGUGGUCCCAGAAGAAGAGUGGCUCGGAAGAUUACAACAGAUUCAAGGAAGCCUCUUCUGCGCAUGUCUAGUAUUCAUAAUUGUCGGCAGCACAGGACUCGCCGGAUUUUUCGCGCAACUCAUUGGUCCGAUUACAAUAGUUCCUUUGAUGCUUCUCCUUACAACGAGCAUAGUGCCAACGAUCGAGGAAAAACUCUCACUUCACUGGAUCUCUUUGGUAAUGCUAGCAACGGUCAUUCUAAUGGCAGUCUAUCUUGAGAAUACCCGAAUUCCGUUCUACUAUUAUUCGAGACAGAAAAAACAGAUUGUGUCGACGAGAAUCCGAUUGUUCGGACAAUUCCCGUACCUUCUCAGUAUUCUACUGGUCUGGUUCGUCUGCUUCAUUCUCACCGUCACGGAUCUGGAGCCUUAUGGUGGAGCGGCUCGAACCGACAACAAUCGGACGAUAACCGUACUUCAAGCCUCCCCGUGGUUCCAAGUUCCCCUUCCAAUGCCGUUCGGGGCGCCAAAAUUCAAUGCUGGAAUCUGUUUCGGUUUUGUGGCUUCUUGCAUUUCCUCGAUCAUCGAGAAUAUCGGCUCAUACGACCUUCUCGCGCGCACUUCCCAUCAGCAACCGCCGCCGAAAAACGCGAUCAAUCGAGCCAUUGCGAUGGAAGGAGUUGGCAGCAUAAUUGCCGCAUUGACUGGCGUCAGUAGUGGUGUGACGACAUAUGCGGAGAACAUCGCUCUGAUUCAUAUCACCAAAGUGGCGAGCCGAUCGACGAUGCAAGUCGCCGGACUUGUACUCAUCCUUUUGGGCCUAUUUUCCAAGUUCGCCGCUCUUUUGGCGACAAUUCCUGACGCCUUGGUCGGUGGCAUUUUAACAAUGGGCAUUUCGAUGAUUGGAGGAGUCGCACUCAGCAAUCUUCAGAUGAUCGACCUUCAACUAUGCCGAAAUCUGUCAAUAAUGGGGCUUUCGAUGUUAAUCGGCCUUAUUGUUCCAUUGCACUUCGAAAAACAUCCAAUUAAAACUGGUAAUUUCGAGGUUGAUUCGACAUUCAACAUGCUUCUCACUAUUAAAAUGCUCGUCGGCGGCGUUGUUGCAACAUUUCUCGACAAUACAGUGCCAGGAGCCACUCGAGAGCAGCGUGGAUUCCGAAGGCAUGACAGCGAGAACUCGCAAUUCGGCAAAGAGGCCUACGAGUUCCCAAGAUUCUUCCAAAAAAUAUUGCGGGCAAUUCCAUUCCUUCAAUAUAUUCCACUUCUUCCAAGGCUAUUCGAUAACGAAAGACGCGACAAAUUUAAUCCGUGA